AAUACAUUGGUUUACAUACAGUGGAAGGGAGAACGUCACCAAUACCAUAAUACCAUGUUGAUAUUUCUAUUUUUUAGUAUGAGAACAUACUUCUAAUUAGCUAUCUGACAAGUAAUCCUGAUAAAGCAUCUGAUUUUCAUAUCUUUGGAGCUGAAAACAGGACGACAUUCAUCUCUGGAUAAAGGGGGAUAAAGGGUGUCACGCAUCCUACCCCUCUAGGACCCUUUCAACAUGGCGUUGACAGUAGGGACGAGGGUCGUUCGUGGACCAGACUGGAGAUGGUCCGAGCAAGAUAAUGGUGAAGGACACCUUGGCACCGUGAUCACCAUAGGAAAGACUCUUUCGAACUCGGUACAUAAGAAGCUCGUAGUGGUCUGCUGGGACAUGGGGACGGCCGCUGACUACCGGGCCGGCUUCGAUGACAAGUACGAUCUCCUCAUCUAUGACAACGCGGCUGCUGGUGUGAAGCAUCUUCAUAUAACGUGUGAUGAAUGCAGGGAAGAUAAUAUUGCUGGAAUCCGAUGGAAGUGCAGUUCAUGCUAUGACUAUGAUCUUUGUAACAAAUGUUACAUGACGGCCAAACACGACCUGAAGCAUACCUUCCUCAGGAUAGUCGUUCCCAACACUGCCGGAAAACUAAUGCCUCCUCGCGCAGGCAGUCGAAAGGUACAAGCCAAAGGGAUGUUUCCUGGGGCCAAGGUGUGUCGAGGAAGAGACUGGAUGUGGCAGCAACAGGAUGGUGGUGCAGGACAUACAGGUGUGAUGAUUCGAGGAGGAUCUUGGGCCAACAUCGAGCGCAGUGCCAUAGCAGUUCGGUGGGACGCCGGAGGUGCUUAUGAAUAUCGUCUAGGGCAUGAUGGGAAAGUUGACAUUAAGUGUGUCAAGGCUUCCGCAGGACAUGAUUAUUACAAAGACCAUCUGCCUAAAUUUGGUGAACUCACUGGAUUAGAAGUCGGUGAUCGGGUGGCUGUGAAGUUGGAUAAAGAAGUUGUCAAGGCGCUUCAAGAACACCACGGAGACUGGGUUUCGGGGAUGGAAAAGUACAUAGGAAAGGUGGGUCGGUUAAUGAGUCUUACACCAAGAGGUGACGUCAGAAUCAAGUACCCGGAUGGAAAGAUAUGGAUUUUCAACCCCGUUGCAGUCACCAAGUUGCCAUCUUUCAACACUGGAGAUAAAGUACGCGUAAUCUCCGACCGAACAACGGUGCAGGAGCUGCAGAAAGAACACGGCGGAUGGAACAGCAAAAUGUCAAAGGCUCUUGGGGAAGAAGGGCGUGUUCUUAACAUCGAUGCUGAUGGUGACGUCAAGGUCAAUGUAGGUGGAGGAUUCUGGACCUUUAACCCGGAAGCAUUAAUCUUUGUAGAACAGGGAAGUGGGUCAGAAGGCAUAUUCGAACAAGAUCUCAGAUCAGAUCUGAUGGCCCUUUUCCUGAAGAAACUCCUUGACCCCCUUGGUCUGGUUGAUACGGAUGAUUUUCGACAGAUGGUAGCUGAAGCAGAAGGCAAGUCGUCAAGCAGUGGUGGAGAAGUGACUGCUCAAGGUGCCAGGGAAUUCAUCAAGGCUGUGAUGGAAGGCGACGUUAAACGGGUUGCUGAACUCCUCCAAAAGAACAAAGGAUAUGUUAAUAUAUCGGUGCAAGAGAAUACGCCCCUACAUCUCGCUGCCUACCAAGGUCACUACCAAGUCGUCGAGUUACUCGUAAAGAAUGGAGCAUCGCUCGAUGAUAAGGAUGAUGAUGGCGACACUCCCCUGGCAGAUGCUGUCCAUCAGGAUAAUCAGCGAAUUGUGAAGUAUCUGCUGGAACGUGGCGCUGACCCCAACACCACGAAUACAAAGGGAGGAAGAAGCCCUCUUCAUAUCGCCACAUCCAGGAGCAACACUCAAUGUCUGAAACUCCUACUUGCAAAGGGUGCCAAUCCAAAUAAACAGGACCAUGUUGGAGACACCCCACUCCAUGAUGCCAUCCGUAAGACCCAUAAAGAUAUUACAGAAUUGCUUAUAAAUGCAAGGAACGUCGACUUGAAGAUAAAGAAUAAAAAAGGCUUCAAUCCUCUGCACCAUGCCGCUCUGACCAACAACGCACACGCUACUCGUCAGCUGAUCAAGAAGCAACGGUCUUUGGUUGAUAUUCGAAAAGAUGAUGGAUAUGCGGCCCUUCACGUGGCAGUCUAUAACGACCACGCGAAUGUCGUUGAAAUACUUGUAACAGAGGGGCAUUGCGCCAUUGACCUAUAUAACGAACAGCACCAAACGCCCUUGGUGCUUGCCGUCGCCAAAGGUCGCAGUGCCAUUGUCGAAAACCUGAUCGAGCACGGUGCCGAUGUCAACUCUUCGGAUGGUGAUGGCGAUACUUGCCUUCACAUUGCUGUGAUGAAACUUCGACAGGGACAGGAUAUUCCUGAUACAGACACACUCAAACAGUUCCGCAAGAAAUAUCGUGACAACGGGAUAACCAAGCCCCUGACUGCCCUCAUGUGUUAUCUUGUACAAAAAGGCGCAAAAAUCGAACAAACUAAUCUCAAGAAGCACACACCACUCAACUAUUUGAAAGAGGCUGCUGUUCGUAAAGUUCUGGAGCACAUUGCCCGCAAGUUGAAAAGAGAGGAGAGUGGUGACAGCAGCUUUGUCAACAUUGAAAGACCAGAGGGUGAAGAGAGGAAGCCCUCUACGUCAAGUAAUGAGAGCAGUGUUGACAACCGAGAUCGCAAUGACCCGACAAAAUCACCAAGAGGCUCACAAUCAGAUGGUUUCAGUGGAGUACAUGUCAUUGAGGAUCCGAAGAAGGAGGUUAAGCUGACGGAGAUGAUCGGGAAAGGUGGAUUUGGUGAAGUUUGGAAGGGCAAGUGGAGGGGCACACCUGUCGCCAUCAAGAUUCUUACCACAGAGGGGAGUCAAGAAUCUGAAGUUGAGCAGGAGGUUGCUGUCCACAAACGUGCCCUUCAUCCAAACAUCGUUCAACUGAUGGCAGUCGGUCAUCAACGGAGUCCACCAAACUCUAUGAUUGUUAUGCAACUCAUUAAUGGGAGCGAUCUUAAUACAAUCAUUUUCAAGGACGGCAAUCCGUAUGAUUUCCUGACCAAGGUCCGGUUGUCUAGAGAUCUUCUCUCAGCCAUCACCUUUCUCCACCACUGCAAUAUACUUCACCUUGAUAUCAAACCACAGAAUGUUAUGGUCGAAUCAAGUACCAAGAAGCCAUAUUUGUGUGACCUUGGUCUUGCCCACAUCAAGUCGAGGUCAACGAUGUCAUGUCAUACUGCUAUUCCUGCAAAAGGUACGUUCAUGUACAUGCCCCCAGAAGCCUGCAUGGCUAUGGGUAGUGACAUGUCUGUAUCAACUUCUGCUGAUGUCUGGUCCCUCGCAUGUACCUUCCUCGAGCUAUUCUCGGGAGAAUCAGUCUGGCCCAGGACCAUGAAUCAGAUGGCUCUACUUGGUAAGUUUAUGAGUGAUGACGUGAUCCCAGACAGUGUGAAGAAACUUAAACCAGAAAUCAAGAAGGUUCUAGAGCCUUGUUUCCAGAAGGAGGGAUCCAAACGUCCGUCUGCGGAAUCGCUCAUGCAACAGUUCAGUGGGCUCAUGUAAAAGAGCGUUAUCAUGACCGCACAUGGUGACUCGGUGGUAGAUCAUCCGCCUUAUGAAGGGAAGGUUGUGGGUUCGAUCCCCGGUCAAACCAUACCGAAGACAUUAAAAAUGAGACCUUUACCUUCUUGUUAGGCGCUAGGCGUAGUAGAAUGGAGAAGGGUGAUAAUAUGAUUAAUGUUAUACAGAACCCGCUGGAGGAAAUAAAGUUCGUAAGACCUAAGAGGCUACCCAGGGUAAGUUAGAAUUAUUAUUACUAUAGUUACUUUAUUAUCAAAAAGAGGUUGAUUGUAGACCGCGUUACUGUGAGAUGCCUCUUGUCAACUCCUUCAAAAGGUAAACAUUAAUUAACAUCCAGUUGAAAAUUGUCAAAGAAAAUGAUUCAUCAUUAUGAAUGGAAAUUAAACUCUAUGUACUUUGCCAUGAAUGUUAACGAAUGGAAACUUUAGCAUCCCAAGCAAAAUUGUAGCGGAUAAAUUUCUCUUUGAUCUACCAGUAUCAUAACAUUUCACGGAGGGAUUCACUUAUAACAAUUGGCGAAUGUAUAUAUUGCAUUGUUUUGUCAAAGAAUCGUAAAUUUAAGGAGCAGAAGUCACGUUUGUAUUAUUAUUUCUAAUAUAUUGCACUUUACUUAUGUAAUCUACAAUUCAUGUCUGAAAUAAUAGAUAUGUAUUGCGGAUGUUCAUGGUCAUCAAAAUGAUUUCAUGCGAUAUUCUAAGGUGUUUUAUGUCCGAUUUUGCUCGAUGUAUUUUAAUGUUCACUCUAAAAAUGACCUGAAAUUUACUUCUGAAACAAUUUAUAUUGUAAUUACAUAUUUUUGCAUAUUUUAUUCAGAUGAUUUAUAUCAAAGAGCAACGCUUUUUCACGAUUUAUUUCCAAAUACAGAUCAGCAUUUUCGUUCAUGGGAUUGUAAUAAGAAGCAUUUUUGUGUCUGAGAAAUAGCUUGAUUUAAAGAUGUAUAUACCAUGCAUAUCUAAUACGUUGUUUUAAUAAUGAAAAAAAAAUAUUUUCCGUGAUAACAGAUCGCAUUUUCUCGCCUCACAACUGAACAAAUUUUUGUAUAUGAUUUUGAUAAUUACGAAAAUGAUUAUGCAUGUCUCUUUUCGUACACAGAGUGUAUAUACGUGAUCGCUGAAGUGACACGAGUAUAUCGCAAGCUUUGUGGUUUAUUUUUCGUGAUUGUAUAUGUUGAUAUCAUACGCAGAACCAGUACUGAUCGCUAAAAUGACAGAAGUUUUUCCAAAGUUUUACCGAUUUAUAUACAUGCCUUCUAUACUUUGUAACGUAGCCUUAAAAUCAUAGUUUAUGUUCAUUAAAGACAAUACACAGACAUGACUUUGUGAACAUUUGACAGCUUUAGCUAGAUGGAUGUCUACAUUUCUAUCAAAAGCAUCCUGUAUUUUUAUGGAUGCCUCUCCAUCAAGCAACUUUCAACGAUUAUAUUUCUAAUAAUUGAUUGCUCUUUGUCAAUUUAUUAAUUGAAAGUAAACUCUUCAAUUCAUAUACAUGGAUAAAAAGGCAUCUCAGUUUCAGGUAUUCAUUUAUAUAGUAUACGUUUGUGUGAAUAUAUCGCAAUAGAUUAUACAUGUAUUUGAUUCCACCUAUAAAAGAUGACCAAAUGUUGUGUUUUCCACCGUUCAACGUUAAAUACUAACAGGAAUUUGCCUUCCGUUUAUAUACAAAUCAGCAUUCUUUUGCCACCUACAUGACCUUUAAUACACACGAGAGACCAGUACGCAGCAUAACGUUAUCAAAUUGUUUUUGAUGGUGUGAUGUCAUUCUGAUUUGAUAUCUGGUUUGAGAGUGACUAUUACAGUACGAGAAAGAUGAAAAGGAUUUAACGUGUAUGACGCUUUACUAAUUUGAUGUAUUUUAAUGUCAUAAACGCUUAGAAUGAUGAUACACGUAUAUGGUGUUGUAAAUACAAAUCAUGAUCUCUGCAA